AUGUGCAACAUACUUUCUUUUAAGAAUAAGCAUAAGCACCGAUCUCGAAGACAACAAUCUGAUGCGGAAAGCGAGUUGUCAAGAGGUUCGGGCCGAUCAGGGCGGAAGCAUCGUCGACAUAGGUCCCGCCACAAGCAUGAAUCCGGAUCUGAAAAGGACGACUCUCAACCUGACACCAAAGAAUACGAGUUAAUUGAGUCGGAGUCGCAGUGGAAAGAAGUUUUACGGCAGACUAAUUCUGGAAGUAGCGUCCAGGUUGCAAAUGUUCGUCGGUCACAAAUGGAACCUGAAACGGGUACACACCGUUCAUCUCACAGGCAUCGAAGACAUAGAAAACAUCGGUCGCGGUCAGGUUCUCCUAACGACAAAAAAUGGUUACCUACUGAAUUGAAACAACAUUUAGAGUUUUCUUUGGUGGACACAACGGGAAUGACCGAGGAGCAACUCAAGGAAAUACCAUACACAGUGGUACAGACCAGUCACGCUCGACAGACUAAACUAAGGACUUCAUCAAAACAUAGACAGACUGAACAUGGAUCAUUAGCUAGAAGAGAUAAAAGUUCCUCAUCGCACAAAACAAUUCAUGAAAAUCAUCAUCAAGGCUCGCUCAGAUCAAGUUCCAGUACAUUAAGUACUCAUAGGACAAAUGUAGAGAAACAUGGCAGACGCGUGUACCCGACUUAUGACGAAUCUUUGGGUCGCACUGGUGACGAUUUUCUCACAAAUAAUGGAUAUAAGUGCAAUGUGACGCCGGUUUCGAACAAUAACAAUCCGUACAGUCCAGUGACCAACAGCAACAGUAACAGCUCCAGUGGCGAAAUUAUCUCCGGCAGCGCGAGGGUUUCACAUGAACAUACUGAUUCAGGUCUAGGAGCUGACCAGGAUUACGCGUAUUCAUCCGAGAGGUCAAGCGACAGUGCCAAAUGCGGUGCAGGCGGCUCAACAGCGCCAGUGAGUAGGCAGUGGUGCUACGGAGCAACGGGAGGCGGGUGCGGGUGGGGCGGGGCGGUCGUCCGUCGGCCUCCAGCGGCUCCGGGCCGCGCGCGGGCCGUAACCGGCUCGCAACGUUCCCUGCUGUCCGUUGCCAGUGACAGCGCUGCAACACGCCGCGACCGCCCCGCCCGCAGGCCCGCGCCCCAGGACUCAGCCUUUUCUCUCUUCAGACAUGCUAGCAACAACAACAUAUUGGUGGGCGAGAGCGGUUCGCUGGCGCGGCGAUACGCUCGUCCGUCGCGCGAAUCUCGAGACUGCAACGCGAACAUCGCACGCACUCACACGCGGAUCGCCGCGCGACAUGACAACACCCUCGACAUUAUACUAAAACCUCUUAUAGAAAGCACGCAGUAA